AACGAGGGAAGCUAAACCACACACCACAACCAUUCUACAUUUAGUGCUCAACAUUUGAACACUCAAACUAGAAUAUCCCCUAUUCAAGAAAAACAAGAAUGGAUUCACUUCAUAGUCCAAAACCUCACGCAGUGUGUGUUCCAUUCCCAGCACAAGGCCAUAUAAACCCCUUCAUGCAAUUAGCCAAACUCCUUCGUUGCAUGGGUUUUCACAUAACAUUUGUGAACAAUGAUUUCAACCACAGUCGUUUUGCGAAGUCUCUUGGACCAGAUUUUGUGAAGGGUCUCCAAGAUUUUCGAUUUGAGAGCAUCCCAGAUGGUUUGCCACCUUCAGAUUUGGAUGCAACCCAAGAUGUUCCACCGCUGUGUGAUGCAACAAGGAAAAAUUGUUAUGGUCCAUUGAAAGAGUUGGUGAAGAAGCUUAACUCUUCACCUGAAGUGCCUCCAGUUAGUUGCAUAAUUGCUGAUGGGACUAUGGGUUUUGCUGGGAGAGUUGCAAGGGAUUUAGGCAUUCCUGAGGUUCAGCUUUGGACAGCCUCAGCUUGUGGCUUUGUGGGGUAUUUGCAAUAUGAUGAACUUGUCAAGAGAGCCAUUCUUCCAUUCAAAGAUGAAAAUUUUAUGACCGACGGCACCUUGGAUAAGAGUUUAAAUUGGGUCUCUGGAAUGAAAGAUAUACGACUGAAAGACCUUCCAAGUUUUAUAAGAGUAACAUCUUUGGAUGAUAUCAUGUUUGAUUUCUUGGGUUCUGAGGCAAGAAACUGUUUGAAAUCUUCUUCAAUUAUCAUUAACACAUUUCAAGAAUUGGACUAUGAAGCCCUUGAUGCCCUGAGGGCCAAGAACCCAAAUGUGUAUACCAUUGGUCCACUUCACUUGCUUGGAAGGCAUUUUCCUGAGAAGGAAGAGGGCUUCAAGUCAAGUGGGUCAAGUUUAUGGAAAAGUGACACAAAAUGCUUAGCAUGGCUAGACAAAUGGGAACCUAACUCAGUCAUAUAUGUGAAUUAUGGAAGCAUAACUACAAUGUCAGAGCAGCACUUGAAAGAAUUUGCAUGGGGUCUAGCAAAUAGCAAGAUACCCUUUCUAUGGAUUAUGAGGCCAGAUGUAGUGAUGGGUGAAUCUAUAACUUUGCCACAAGAGUUCUUUGAUGAGAUUAAGGAUAGGGGAUACAUAACAAGUUGGUGUGUGCAAGAGCAAGUGCUUGCUCAUCCUUCAAUUGGGCUCUUUCUAACCCAUUGUGGUUGGAAUUCUACACUUGAAGGUAUCUCUGCGGGUGUGCCUAUGAUUUGUUGGCCCUUCUUUGCUGAGCAACAAACAAAUUGCAGGUAUGUGUGCACAACUUGGGGAAUAGGAAUGGAGAUUAAACAUGAUGUGAAGAGGGAAGAGAUAACAAUGCUUGUAAAGGAAAUGGUACAAGGAGAAAAGGGAAAAGAAAUGAGACAAAAGUGUUUGGCUUGGAAGAAGAAAGCUAAAAUUGCUACUGAUGUUGGAGGGUCAUCUUACAACAAUUUCUACAAGCUAGUAAAGGAGGUGUUUCAUCACAAUGCUAUUUGAGUUCUUUCUUUCUUAUGAUUAAGAAAAGUAAGGCCGUAAGAUGAAAUUUAGAUGAAGUAGUAAUUGACUCAGCCCAAUUACUAUUAGUUAAAGUGUUUCCUUUAUAUUUGUUGUGUCAUAUGUACGAAGUCUUUCCUUUCCAUUUUUUAUUUUAUCUCUGUUUGAAAUCAUAAUCUUUAUCUAUAAUGAUAAAUACAUCAUUAGUUUUAUU